GUUUUUUCAGCCUUAGUUUAAAAAUUCGGGCAUUUCGGCAGUUUUACCGUCUAUUCUGUUAAAUAAACUCAAAUUUAAAGAUAUGCUAAAUUUUCAAAUCAUGGAUUGUAGAGCUUUACGCGAAAAUCGCAAGACAAAUUACCAACGCUAAACAUUAAACCAGAUCUAGCGACAGACAAAGCUACGCUACGGUUGUUUGAGUCAAAGUGCGCUGAAAUCAAAUCCGCCAGAGACGUACGCGAGCGGUUUUUUUUUUCGCAUUUCAGUUUUGGUUUCGGUUACCUGCGCGAAACAACCCAGCCGUUUUUGUCGUGUUUGGUUGAGCGUCCCAAUGACUCGAAUUUAAAAAUAAAAAAUUUUACCACAGUUAUUGUCUGUGGGUCUGUGCAUUGUAUCAUUCUAUGAUAAGGGACUACAAAUUAAAGAAAUACGUAAGCGAUAGCGAAAGUGAGCGUCCAUUUCUUUUGUGCAGCACUCUAGCGCGGGUUUUCAAUUGUCCGGGUGGAACGCUGCGGUCGGUCAGCCUGAAAGUUUUCGGGAUCGUUGUAUUUCUCUUUGAGACGGCAAUAUUAAUUUAAAUUAGCACACUGGAGAAGGUAAAUAAACGCGCCCAGCUCAUACGGGACAAAAUGGUGUUGGCUGAGCGCAACACCACGGAUGUGGUGCGAAACGGACGUCGGUCGCGUGGACCCAGCCCAAACACGAAUACAACUGGUGGUGUCGCCUCUAAUGCAAACAUAGUUGUCAGCGGUGGUGGUGGGGCUGGGGGUGGUAACCCCACAAAUCCCACAUCCAAUGAGAAGGCCUCAACGCUCGUACCGGGUGCGGGCACGCCGGAGAGCUCAGACGACGACAACUCAACAAAGCGCAACGGCAAGUCAAAGGCCAAGCAGUCUGAGUAUGAAGAAAAAAUUCGCGUUGGACGCGACUAUCAGGCGGUUUGUCCCCCACUCGUCGCCGAAGUGGAGCGCCGCCCUGAACAAAUGAAUGAACGCGCCCUCUUGGUCUGGUCGCCAACAAAAGAGAUACCAGACCUAAAACUCGAGGAAUACAUUUCAGUGGCAAAGGAGAAGUACGGAUACAACGGUGAACAGGCUUUGGGCAUGCUGUUUUGGCACAAACACGACUUGGAGCGGGCCGUGAUGGAUUUGGCCAAUUUUACACCAUUUCCUGAUGAGUGGACCAUUGAGGACAAAGUCUUAUUUGAGCAGGCGUUUCAGUUUCAUGGGAAAAGCUUCCAUCGCAUACGUCAAAUGCUACCAGACAAAUCAAUCGCAAGUUUGGUGAAAUACUAUUACUCGUGGAAGAAGACGCGUCAUCGUAGCAGCGCAAUGGAUCGACAGGAAAAGAACAUAAAGGUUUCUGUCAAGGAUGGCUCCGAGAAUGGCAGUGAAGUAGGCAGCAAUGAGGAGUCUGAUAACGAUGAUAAGAAGGGCCAUAAUAACAAUGGUACAACCAACAACAGUAAUAGUACUAGCAGCAGCUGCAUCAGCAACAAUAAUUGCGACAACAAUAAUGGAGGAAGCAACAGCAGCAACAACAGCAAUGACUUGGACGCGGAUCAAUUGUGCAUCUACACUUCGAACGCGCUCAGCGAUGAUAUGCUAGGCUAUGGUCUGUCAACCGAAGCUGCAGCCAAUGGCACCAACAGCAACAAUGGAAACGGCAACAUUGGCGGCGAUAUCAACACCGACGACAAUUCGCCGCGACGAGUGGUUGUGGGCGGUUUUUGUAAGACGUGCAAUGUGGUUUGCCAUGUUCUAUACGAUUCGCCAUUGGGGCGCAUGUGUAAAAGUUGUCAUACGCAUUGGAGACGUACCGGAAAUCUUCGUCCAAUCUCCGGUCCUGAGAGCAAUGCACCCAGACGUUCUAAUCACAACAGCGCCGCGACUGUGGCUGCCGAUCGCUCCAAACGAAAACCACCCAAGGGCAUGUAUAUCAAUCAUGACGAUCUCACUGCCCUCGCAACCUGCAGGAACCCCAGCGUGUAUUUAGCCGAACGUGAUCGAAAGAUCAACGCAUUAAUGGCUGAAAUACAAAAAAAUAGACAGCUUAUGGAGCUGUUGGAUAAAGAAUGCGAUGCCAUCAAUGUUGAGGAUGUUGUAUCUAAGCCAACGAUAGCGAUUUCGGAAGCGCCCACUGCGCAGCCGCGCACGUCGGCUCGUUGGACUCCGGAUGAGAUCAAGGUGGCGCUCCUGGUCUUGCGCGACUAUGGAAAGAACUAUCCGAUGAUAGCGAAGCUAGUGCCCACCAAGACGGAAGCGCAUGCCCGAACCUUCUACUUGAAUAAUCGGCGCCGAUACAAUCUCGACCAGAUCGUUAAGGAGUAUGAGGCUGGAAAGUCUGAAGAGUCCGGUGCUGAAGAUGGGAACGAACAUGAGGGAUCAGCAGCAACACCCAAUUCAGGUUCAGUCAUCAAUCCGUUUACCGAUGCCAGCAACAACGGACUUAACCCUGAUCAGGAGUUACAGGCUAAAAUGGAGAAGCCCGAACUGGGAACAGCUCCAGUAAAAAGCGACAGCAGUAAUACAGCAGUUAUCACUGCCAUUGCAAUGCACGCCGCGGUUGUUAAUUCAAACAGUAGCCUCGUUGCCGUAAGUACCGGCAACAAGUCUGCUACAAUCACCAUUAUGGAUGAGUCUGAUACCGGCACUAACUCGAGUAGCGAUAUGGUCACCAGCAGCACCAAUACCGGUGUUGCCGUCUCAUCCUCGUCACUAUCGAGCGUUAACACUCCACCCGCGCUCAUAUCGGUUGAACAGAAAGAGCCCGACAGCGAAGAGUUAUCCGCACCCAAUCACAGUUCAACAGCAGAUGCUGCUGGAGCAAAUUCGGUCACAGGGGUGACCAUUGCCAAGCGCGACAUCUCCACCGUGACGUCUGCCGAACAGCCCCCAGCCAAAAAAGUAGCACUCUGCGCCAGCGUGGAAUUCGUCGAGAACUAAAGGACCUACGGAGCUCGGUGCUGUGUUCACAUAAGAUAUAUAUAUACAUUUAAAUAUAUACCGAUACAUACAUAUAUAGCCAACUGUUGUGCAGCCGCCUCAAUCUGCACUCAAGCUGAGACAUCUUGUUUGAGCCGAAACCACCGGUGAUUAAUACAGACACACGAAUAUGCCGUCAGUCUGGGUGUAGGGGGUAUUUCUAAUGUUUUUUUUUUUUAUUGAAUUGACUACAUAUACUGUUUUUCUUUAUAUUUCGUUUUUGGGACGCAUUUAAUAUAUAAAAAGCAUCACAGCAUGACCUAGACCUAAAGCAAUUACAUUACAUUCGUAUUUCGAAUUACACUGAAAUUGAUUAGACAGGCAGAUGUGCAUAUUUUUUGACGGAACAAAGUUGCUGGAGUUGGAUGAAAAGAUAAAGUCUUAAAAUACUUUCCUAUAAAUUUAUAAGUGCUGCGUAGUCGGGGCUGUAUAGACCACAAAAACUAACGAAAAGUACACAGAGAAGUUACUACAGAACCUGUGUGUAAUAUUAAUAUAAUUAAUAAUAUGAGUAUAAACGAAUUACACAAGUGUAAAUUAUAAACUGUACUGUCACUUUUUUUUUUGAGCUGUAAUUAGCAUUUAAUGAAGAACUUGGCAAAGUCUUGAAACCAUCACUAGACAGCAAGAUGGGAUGUAUUCCAAGCGAUAGGACAGCUGAAUCCAGUCUCUACACAUAUAAGAACGGCAAAGAGAUUGCUCGACUUCAACUGCAAAUUGCUAUUAGAUAAAUUACAAUAUAACUGGACAAAAUGUAUACAAAAGCGACAUCCAUUUAAAAGCAUACAAAUAAAUACGUUAUAUUAAAUAA